GUCAACAUAACCUAAACAAAAAAUUUUCCGAUUUCUACGCAAUUUUCUUAUAAAUGUCUUCGAGCAAUAUAAAAUAAUAUUAAGGAAAGACUAGAGUAUGUAAUGUGAUUUGCUAGAAACAUGUUGAUGAGGGUAUUUAAGACAUUUUCACCUAUUGUAAGCAGAAAGUAUUUGUCAAACAUAUCACACGCAAAUAACUCAGAAUAUUUGACUCAUAUUCGGAAAAUGGCACUUCCGAAAAGCCGCUCGAACCCGGUUAUCAUGAAAUUGGACACCCCAGAAUUCAAAUCUUUAUUUAGUGAAGAAUUAAAUUGUCUGAUUUCCUUAUUCAAAGAAUAUGGAUAUGAAAUCAGAAUGGCCGGAGGGGCUGUCAGAGAUUUACUAAUGGGUAUAAAACCAAAAGACGUGGAUUUUGCUACUGUAGCAACACCAGACCAAAUGAAAGAAAUGUUCACCACUGAAAAUAUAAGAAUGAUAAAUAUGAAAGGGGAAAAACAUGGCACAAUCACACCAAGAAUAAAUGAUAAAGAGAAUUUUGAAAUAACUACAUUGAGAAUUGAUGUAGUAACAGAUGGUCGCCAUGCAGAAGUCCAAUAUACAACUGACUGGCUGUUGGAUGCCUUUAGGAGAGAUCUAACUAUAAACUCCAUGUUUUUGGGUGUUGAUGGUACAGUGUUCGACUACUUCUUUGGUUACGAAGAUAUUAAAAAAAAUAGAGUAGCUUUUGUGGGAGAUGCAACUACAAGAAUUAGGGAAGAUUAUUUAAGAAUUCUGAGAUAUUUCAGGUUUUAUGGAAGAAUAGCCCCAGAACCCAAUAACCAUGAGGAGCUAACACUGAAAUCAAUCAAAGAAAAUGUGAAAGGACUUGGAAAUAUAUCUGGAGAAAGAAUAUGGAUGGAAUUGAAAAAAAUUUUGGAAGGAAAUUAUGCUGGCGAUCUCAUGGUCACUAUUAUUGAAUGUGGAUUAGCGCCUUAUAUAGGACUUCCUGAAAAUCCUAAUAUUGAUGAGUUGAAAGCUGUUUGGAAGAGGAGCAGCAAUCUUAAGAUGAAUGCAAUAACUCUCCUAUCUUCCUUACUAUCCACAGUUGAAGAUGUUGCCAAGUUGCAUGUUCGUCUGAAAUUGUCUGCUUUUGAACGAGACCUGGCAUAUUUUAUCAUUGAUAACAGAAAUCCCAAAACAAACAGUGAUCCUUUAAUGCCUUAUAAGCAGUUACUCCUUAUGAGUAAAACAAAGCAGUCUGAUACUAGGGAAUGGAUUAUUGAAGUACUCAAAUACAACAAUUUUCCCCAAUUAGAAGAAUUCAAGGCAUGGACAAUACCAAAAUUUCCAAUUACAGGCUCAAUUUUGAAGGAAAAAGGUGUGCAAAGUGGAAAAUUCAUGGGUGUUGUAAUGAAUGAACUUAAAGCUUGUUGGGUAGAUAGUGAUUUCAAGGCAUCUACUGAAGAAUUAUUAGAUCAAUUACCUAAAAUCCUAGAAUUGUUAUCAGAAAGAAAAAAGAACAAAUAAAAUAUUUAACCUC